CGACCGCCGACACUGAGGACCCCCACCACUUCCUACUCUUCUGUCACGCAAAACAUGGGCGAACAAGGCGAAGACGUAAAACCCAAGCUUAAUGUGACUAUUGAAUAUGAAGGCCAGACUUGUACUGUUAAGGUCAAGGCGGUUACCCCCUUUGCCAAAGUCUUUGGUGCUGCAGAAAAACGAUUUCAGAAAGAACCAGGAACGCUGAAGUACUUGUUUGAGGGGCAGAGAGUACUGCCAGAGAUGACUCCAGCAGAGUUGGGCAUGGAGGAUGGAGACACGAUCGAUGCUCAUCUCGAACAGCUCGGUGGCGGCUACUACCAUUGCCCGCGUCCGUCGGCAUAGUCCUUUACUCCCUAUAGGGCUGCUGUCCCUCGUCUCGUUGCCCUAGUCGCUAUCAUACUUUUGCAGAUCGGCUGUGUCUUACUCUUUACACUUAUGGCUUCUUAUUGGGUUCCUUGGCAAUAUCAUUAUGCUCCUCAGUGA